AGGAAAGUGCUGUUGAGAAUGCAGGGUGUGAUCUCUGUAGAUAAGACUGCAGUUUUACAUGGAGGAGGUGGCACCGCUUCAGCCUGGGGGAUUUUCCUGCCUGUGCGUGCCUAUCCCACAAGUCCACAUUACCACUGAAGCCUUUCAUAACCUCCAUUAUGUCUCUCUCUGGUAUAGUGAUCGAGAAGGGAAGGGGGGAGAGCUUGUUUGGCUCCAAGGCACACACCAGGGUCAUGCGCCCGGUGUAUUUUUAGCUCUGCACACUCUGCAGCUGUUUUACCGCCAUUCAUAUUUUCCCCAUUAAUGUAAUGGGAAUGGCUCAGCACUGAACUGGUUGUGUGUCUUCUGUUACGGAUGGGCUGGUUGCCCUGUGGCACAAGAUUGCGCCUUGUGGCUCCAGUAAUGGGCUGUGGGUCAGGACGAGUUAGGCUGGCUCUGGGAACGGCAUUUGUCCUCGGGAGGGAUGCCUCCUCCCGGGACAUGAUGACGGCCUUUCACAUCGCCCUGAGAAACCCGCCACUCAACACCAAGAACCCAGCAGUAAAGGAGAGAGCUCAGGCAGUAGUAAUGAAGGUGCUGACGUCCUUCAAAAGCAGCGACAUCGAGCCAGCGGUGAAGUCGCUGGACAGGAACGGCGUGGACCUGCUCAUGAAGUACAUCUACAGAGGCUUCGAGAGGCCCUCAGAGAACAGCAGCGCCAUCCUGCUGCAAUGGCACGAAAAGGCCUUUGCUGCAGGAGGCCUAGGGUCCAUCGUGCGGGUUUUGACGGCCAGGAAGACGGUCUGACAGGACGCAGGGGGUCCUUCGGGAGGAGAGGUGGAGGGAGCGAGAAGCGCCACGAUAAAGCACUGACUGGAGAACAGAUGAGGAGGCGGUCUGCCUAAGGGAAAGUAGAUCAUUCUUAAUAAACACCACACACACCUUCUUCCCGAAGAUGAAGACCCAUCAAGCGAUUCUGGAAAGCGAGAAAAAAACAACAACACACACACACACACACUAUGAGGAAAUACUAUUAUUUUGACGGACAUUGAUAUGUACACAGUCAGAAUGCUGUUUCUUGAAUUGGGGGGCGGGAGGGGAAAGGUUCAUAUAUAUAUAUAUAUAAAGCUUCAUAAAUUAUUUGAGAAGUCAGUUGAAAAUCAUCAGCAUUGUGUGUGUGUGUGAUUGGAAGGGGUGAUGUGAUUGACAUGACUAGAGAAGACAAAUGCUGUUAAAAAGGCAGCAGUAAAAAUGCAACAUUUAACUGUGUGAAAUGCGUUAGACAAUGUGGCGAUUUAAAACACUGUGUGUGGGUAUGUGUGUGUCUAAGAUAGAAAGGGUGUGUGUGUGUGUGUGUGUGUGUGUGUGUGUGUGUGUGUAAGAAUUAAAGCCUGACAGUUGGUGAGCGUAUUUGUAUGUGAUAUUGGAUGAAAUCAGUGUUUAAUAAUCUGAUUUUAUUUUUAUUUUCCUGUCCCUCAUUCUCAUGUUUUGUACAGAGAGAGAAGUACAUUUAAUAUAAAGUUCUGGAGCUGUAUUUGGACACAGAGGGCAAUUGUACAAAAGGGCGAGGGUGGGGGGUCAUUGUAAAGUGCCUGCCGUAAUAAAGCUCAUGGAUCAUCACCAUA